AUGAACAUAUCUGAGGAAACUUCUGGGGCUGUUGGUGAUAGGUCAAGUUCAAGUGAUUAUUUUGGCAGACAUACUAUUGCAAAUGCUGCUGCUAAAGUUGGACCUUCCGUUGUUACUAUUGUGGUUUCCCAAGAUUUGAAUGGUAUUACUACCAAAAGGAGUAUAGGAUCGGGAACCAUCAUCGACAAGGAUGGUACAAUCUUGACAUGUGCUCAUGUCGUGGUUGAUUUUCAAGGCACCAGAAGUUUUUACAAAGGGAAGGUUGAAGUCACUUUGCAAGAUGGAAGGACAUUUCAGGGUAAAGUGGUAAAUGCUGACAUGCAUUCAGAUAUUGCUAUUGUGAAGAUCAAUUCUGAAACCCCACUACCAGAAGCAAAACUUGGUUCUUCAAGUACGCUUCGUCCUGAGGAUUUAGUAAUAGCCAUGGGCUGUACGCAUUCCCUUCAGAAUACUGUCACUUUGGGCAUUGUAAGUUGUGUUGACCGGAAAAGUAGUGAUUUGGGUUUUAAUGGCACGCCAAGAGAGUAUUUACAAACAGAUUGUGCAAUCAAUGAGGGAAAUUCUGGAGGACCUCUUGUCAACAUGGACGGAGAAGUUAUUGGUGUGAACCUCAUGAAAAUGAUGGUUGCUGAUGGGUUGAGUUUUUCUGUACCAAUCGACUCUGUGCCUAAAAUUAUAGAGCAUUUCAAGAAAAAUGGGAGAGUAGUGCAGCCUUGGAUUGGGCUAAAAGGGCAUGAUCUUAACGAGAUGAUUAAUGCGCUGCUUCAAAAGAUAGAUGCUUCAUUCCCUAACAUGGAUAAGGGCAUUUUUGUAUCAUCGGCAACUCCCGGGUCCCCUAGUGAUUAUUCUGGGUUCCGUCCAGGCGAUGUUGUCGUUGAAUUUGAUGGGAAACCUGUCGAAAACAUGAAUGUG